UUUGAAAAUGAUGUCCGCCGCCAGUUCGCCUUGCAAAAUAUUUACGUUUCAGGACGCUAAGUGUUCCCCUGACCCUGUAUUUAAAGUAAAACCCGAAUGUUUACACCCGUCCCCUGUUCCGGUAGUAGUGGAUAAUGGAUCUUUCCAAACGCGAGCCGGUUGGGCUUGUAAAGGAGAAUUUGCACUUCCGGGGUUGCUGUUUAAAUCCGUGGCGGCGAGAAGCAGAGGAGCAGCACGGAGUGAAACGCAGGUCGGCAAUGACAUCCCGAACCUGGAGCCGCUCCGCUGGCUGCUUAAGAGUCAGUUCGACCGCAAUGUUGUUGUUAAUUUUGAGAUCCAGGAGCUCAUGUUGGAUUAUAUCUUUGUUCACCUCGGGAUUGAAACGGAGGGUCAUGUGGAACAUCCACUGGUCUUCACUGAGGCUCCUUGCAACCCGCUUCACUGCCGGCAGAUGAUGUCUGAACUGCUGUUUGAGUGUUAUGGAGUUCCUCGGGUGGCAUAUGGUGUUGAUAGCCUAUUCAGUUUCUACUACAGCAGCACACAAUGUGGUCUUGAUAAACCUCAAACUGGCUUGGUGUUGUCUUCUGGAUAUCACUGUUCUCACGUGUUGCCCUUUAUCAAUGGCAGAUUGGAUGCUGUUAACUGUAAACGAAUAAAUGUCGGAGGGAGCCACGCUGCAGCAUAUAUGCAAAGACUUCUCCAGCUGAAAUAUCCUGCUCAUCAGGCAGCCAUCACACCCAGCCGUAUGGAGGAGCUACUGCAUCAUCACUGCUAUGUGGCUGUGGAUUACCAGCAGGAGCUGGAGAAGUGGCGUAGUGCUGAGUUUUACGAAGCAGAGGUUCACCGCAUGCAGCUGCCAUUCUCAGGGAAGGUAGCAGGGAUGUACGCUAACGUGGAAGAAAGGCAGGAGAAACGAGUGCAGCAGCUUCGCAGGCUUGAGGAGAUGAGCAUUCGGCACAGAGAAGAGAGGCUGCAGCAAGAUCAGAAGAGACUGCACACGUUGCUUAUGGUGCAGGAACUCUUGGAGGAAGGUGCAGUGGAGCAAUUUCACAGACGACUGAUGGAGCUGAACAUGGACUCAGCUGAGGAACUGCAGUCUUAUAUCCACAAGCUCAGUCUGAGUGUAGAGCAACACAGACUAGCUAAAGCAGAGAUUGCAGAUUUGGAGCAGUUGGAGCAGCAUGUGGAUGAAGGUGACUUGGAGGUUGAUGUGAAUAAAGAGAGUGCUGAACAUGAAAAAGCUGAUAAUAUUCAGCCAGUGUUUAACAUGGCAGAGUACCACCAGCUGUUUGUGGGAACUGAGAGACUGCGGGCACCAGAGGUCCUGUUUCGUCCUUAUCUGAUUGGUGAAGAGCAGAUGGGCCUCACUGAGGCGCUCCAGUUUGUACUAGAACAGUACUCUCCAGAACUGCAGGCAAUGCUGGCUGAAAAUGUUUAUCUGACUGGAGGGAACCUCCUUUACCCUGGAGUUAAAGAGAGAGUUGAGAGAGAACUGCUUGCUAUGCGGCCCUUCCAGUCACACUUUAAGGUCUCAUUGGCAUCUCGGCCAUCUCUGGAUGCCUGGUUUGGGGCACGCGAGUGGGCUUUAAGAAAUGUGACUGGAUCUCAUGGCUGGAUCAGCCGCCAGGACUAUGAAGAGAAAGGGGGAGAGUACCUGAGUGAGCACUGCUCAUCCAAUGUCUUCAUCCCCAUGUGGCUCAGCAAACCAGCAGCACGCAGUAAUGAACUGUCAUUUUUAGCCACAGAACAUGCUCAGGAUAUUAGUGCUUCAGCUCCAAGCUUAAACACUGAUGUGGUCUGUGACCCAAACAGUGACUCUUCAGGGGUUACAUUGUUAUAAUAGACUGGUUGCAUGUCCUGUCAUAUUCCUUAUUCAGAAGUUGCCCCAUCAAAAUGCCUGUAUAACUCCAAGUGCAGACAGCAAUUGUAUUAUUCUGAACUUUGUCUGUUCAGACAAAUCACCAUUAUUUGCAUUUUGUCUAGAGCACUGGAUACUGAGAGGGAGUACUUUUAUAGCAAUAUUAUCCAUACUUUUUUUUUAUGCUACUUCUUUCUUCAGCCCAUUUGUACAGUGCAUAUAACUUAAUCACCUAGAUUAGCUUAUUCUUAGAUUUACUGGAAAAAGGACAAAGUAUUGCUCAAAAGGUUUUCAAAAACCUUUUUUAAAAAUUGUGUGUAGUAAAUUUU